UUCCAACAACAAUAUUCCGACCAGCUAGAGUUUUUUUUGUGUGAAAUUUUGAAAACCUGAAUGAAAAUAGCCAUGCUGUAGGUGUUUAUUGUGCGUUUUCGAGCAGCGACUUGGCCAGCGUAAUAAGUGUAAUCUUCGUGGUCGGCAGUUGUUGGCGAUUCAAGUCACUCCACUCGGGCUGCAAAGUUUUGCAGGAGGAUGUUGUGUCUAUACCACGGAGCAGCUGUGUGUGUAUCGGCCAUGAGUGCCAGUGUGGGUGUUGUAUUUGGGUGUGUGUGUGUGGUGGCACACUGAAAGAAUCAAUAAAGGAUGUGCUGUGGAUGAGCGAAAAAAAGGACGAAAAACGUCACGUCGCGCUGGGUGCAGUUAACUACAGUGACAAUCACAGUGCGAGAUAAACAAAUAAACAUUUUGUGAACGAACGAACAAUUUUGAGACUCGUAUCGAGAGCAGCAUUUGGAGGAGAACUUCGAAGGAUUCGGAAAUCACAAGGACUUGGCUCGGCCACAACUACUGUGGACGUGGACUGUGGACUAACGAAAACGGCAUGAUGAUGAGGUUCUUCCUGAUAAUGACGAUGCUGACGUCGGUUGCAUACUCCGUGGAGGUGCACUUCGAGGCGCCGGACAGUGGCUUCUUUUUGAAGCACGCCCGCCAACCACCUGUCACGCCGGAGAUCGCCAACGUGCAGACGACAUCGUCGGCGGUGCCGCCUCUGCGGCAGCGCUCAUCUUACGACUCGGUUUUAUCCCUCGACCGCUUCACUGUGGUGGAGACCACACAGCCGGUGUCGAUACGCGCCAGCUACGGACCCUUCUCCACCAAGCAGACGGUGCCAGCCCGCUACAUUGUGCCGGACACGAUGGACAGCCAGGCGGGCGGCGACUACAUGAGCAACAAUACCGCCACGCUGCUAGAGCUACAGCAGCCGAAUAUGCACCUGGAUAUCUCUGCGCAUCUGGUGCGCCCCAGCGUCUCGCAGGACGCCCCUGUGCUGCGCGUGCUUUUUCAUGCGGGAGCUGAUCCAGGCGGCCAUUUGCAGCGCCAGAAGGUAUGCGUGCUCCUGCAUGUGGCCAUGGGCUCAGAGCAGCCGCUGAAGGGUCGCUGCAUGCCAGAGGGUGAAGAUGGAGUCUGUGUGGCCGAGGUUGUGGUUCCUCUGGGCUGGUGGCCUGCCCUGCCGGCUCCCAGCCAGGAUGGCGGCAGUCAGGCACCGCCCAAGGUGCCGCAGCGUUACGCCCAAGUUUCGUACAGUGUGUUCGAGCCUCCGCUUAGGAAUCCCGAGCAGUGCGAGCCCAAGGUUCAGAUCCAGCCGCUGACCACGUUCGCCCAGGUACCGCUGCUGGCUGCCAAGACUCCCUACCGCAUGCUACGCGCCGAUGAUGCUGUCACCUUCUUGCUGCCCCAGCAUCCGCUCUAUCCGCUGUCCCGGCUACACGUGCCUGUCUUUCUGCAUCAGUAUCCGGACCAGCGGGUGGCCGCCUUCACUGUGCGAGCCCGGGUCAAGGCGGGAUUACGCAUCCUGGGUGCCACUGCCUCCACGGACCUCUGGAGCGUCUCAGUAGAGAAGGAGAACCCCAAGCAUACCACUGCCCGGGUGACGGCGUUCCGUAAAGAGCCCGAGUCCAGUGUGGAAUCGGGUCAAUCCGCUGGAAAUUUCACAGCCGAAGUCUUUGAGGUCUUCUCCUGGCUACUAGAGGUGGCUGAGGACACAAACGACAUUGUGGAUGGCGGCAAGAUCGUGUGGUCCGUCACGCAUGUGUACGACACGCCCAAGGACAAGGAUUCCGGCGAACUGGUUACCACAGAUGACACAAAGAAGCGACUAAUUGCCAAGUUGGAAAUCAACAAGGAUGACAUUCAGGCAGUGCUCCCAAUGGCCAAGAUCUGGGAGGUGAUGAACACGGCGGUGCUUACUGGCCGUCAAGUGGCCCAAGCAAUGAAGGUUUUCAUUGUUUCACAGGCUGGCAAGGUGGCCGACGUCACACUCCAGAGCUCUUGUCACGCCGAGGACGAGAGUGUGAUCAAGGUUUCUUCCUCUUGCAGCUCCGUUUAUGUGGAUGGCUCGGAGCAGCGUGGCUCGUCAAAUGCCUCGGUAAUUGUCAAGUAUGGCACUUACGUGGGCGUGGCCAAGUUCAUUGUAUGGAUGCCAGAAUUUCCCCUGGAAGUCUACAUAUCCGAUUUCCGUCUCUCUCAGAUCAAGGGAUGGAAAGUGACCGAUGACAAUCACUAUCUUCACAAUAAGCAGUCGCGCCGAAGGAAGAAGAGGUCAUACGUUUGGGGCCAGCAUGGCACCAACUACUACAAUAACCUGGGAGCUGACAAGACGGUGUGCCGGGCGCGGUAUCAGCAGAGUCCCGUCGAGGUGUAUGCCAAGUUCUUGGCCGUGGAUCAGAAUUCCGGACGCACAAGCUACUUUAUAUCGAGACGAACCGGCUUAAGGGUCACUGAUUUAGUGCAGCCUCUGCUCCGGGUGGCCGAUCCCAAGAUUGCUUCGCUCAAGGGACGAAUACUGCAGGGAAAAUCCAUGGGACGCACAGACGUCCAGGUUUUAUCACCUAUAACGGGUCGCGUCAUCGGCACCAAGGAAAUCCGCGUGGGCAGUGACAAGGUCAACCUAUCCAAGCUCAUUGUGCGCGUCAUUUCGGGUCUGCAGCUGACCAUCAGUCCGGACAACACGAUAGAGAAUGGCUAUCUGGCUGAGACCUCGGUGACGCACAAGCUGACAGCCCAGUACCAGGAGGGAUUGCUGGACAUCGACCUGGAGUUUACGGAUGGCUCAAAGACGCCGCUGCGUGACAUUGCCGUGGAGGACUAUUUCCUGCUGGUGGAGAGCCUGGACACCGAAGUGGUUGCCUUUGCCCCCAUGCUGGCAUCGCAUCAUCCGCGCGUGAUUGCUGUGGGCGAAGGCAAUGGCAACCUCUUGCGCGUGACCCUGCUCCUUUCCGAGGAGUGUCGCCAAAGACGCGGCACUCUGAGCAGCACCAAGCAAAACAAAUCGAAUCCGGCGCCGCUGGCCAGCGCCCUGGCCUCCAUAGAGGUGGACUUCAAUAACGUGGAUAUUGUGAGCAAGCAGGAGGCUAUACAGAACGACGGCACCGUGGGCAGGGAGAGGAAGAACUACCGCCAGAUGGGCGAUCUCGCUGACAUCAUAGUUGGCAUCCCGCUGCGCGACUCCAGUCAGCAAUAUGAGCCUACUGUGCAGGCCCGUCAGCAUCGGGGCAGUAUCCAAGCGGUGCAUAAGAACCAUCAUGUGAAAGGCGCCGCCGGAACUGGCACCAUGUCCUCCAUGGAGCUAGGCAUGUACGUUCUGCUCACCGCCUUCUGCUUCGCCAUCAUUGUGUUUGUCAUCUCGUGUGUGGUCUACGCCUCCAAGUUCCGGCCAGCUAUGAUUGAGUCCGGUCUGGAUCCUCUGUCGGCGGGCAAGGGCAAUGGUUCGGGCGGAGCGGGUGGCGGAUUCCGGGAUGUGCGCCUGAAGGAGUCUACAACGAAUGUCCAUGAUUGGGUCUGGCUGGGACGCUCCACCAUUGACCGGCAGUCGAUGGUGACCGAGUCCAAUACGCAUCUGAAUGCUAGGGACUCCCGUAUGCGCAUCACUAGCAAUCCGAUUGUCAACUACGAUAACGGGCGACGGGUGAGCUGCUUCGACCAGCAGCCCAAGCUGCAGACACACAUUGUGCCGGCCUCCAACCUGAACAAGCAGCACGCUGACCACUAUUUAGCCAACGAGCGUAAGGACAAUGCCUUGGACUACAAACCACCAGUGCCGCCACAUCGGAAUGUGGGUGCAAGGGCCUGUCUACCAGUUCAGCCCAUUCCUGUCCCUGUUCCUGGAUCUGGCUCUGUUUCCGCUGCCGGCUCCUUGAAGGAUGCUCCCAUCAAGCGGCACAGUCAGCUCUACAAACGUGAGCACUUGCAGGCCAGUAGUGACGCCAAUGCCAACCCACAGCCGCAACAGCAGCAGCCACUGGAACGUCCCCAUCCGCUCGCCCAUGCCCCUGCCCAAGCCCAUUUGCAUCCGCAUUCCCAUCCGCAUCCUCAGCAUCAGCGCAGCCAUAGCCAUAGCCACAACUUCAGUCAGGAGCCGAUCGUCAAGGCGGCGCACAACAAGAUCAAGCAGCAGCAGCAACAACAGCAGCAGCAGCAACAUGAGGAAUUGCACAACGCCGAGAAGCUGGUGGAGUACACGAAUCCGCACCAGAAGAACGCGUUUCAGUUCGAUUCGUUGACACCAAAGAGAUUGACCAAAGCAGCUGCAGCUGCGUCCUCGCCGUCUGCAGUCCAGCCCAAACCAAAGGAGAACCACAGCAUGGUGAGCAGCACUGGUGAUGCGGCCAACUCAAAUGGCACAGACGAGAUCAUGCGGUUGCCGGCAGUGAGCGCCGUUAGCCAGGAGCCCACCACGAAAUCGUCGCGUGUCAAGCGCGCCACCGUGGUGGGCAAUCCGAUGUUCUCGGCCACCGUGGAUGAGUCCGUGGCGCCUGGCGAGCGUCUCGGACUGGAUGAUCUCGACAUGGACUACGAGCAGAUCAUGCACUACUUUGACAACCUAAAGGAGUCAAAUGCCUGAGUACAGGAGAUCAUUGCUAAAAUUCGCGAGAUAUUGUCUACGUUCCAUCAGCGAUAUCAAACGGUUGCCACUCCCCUGACCACGCCCACGCGCAAGCAGAUGCAGCUGCUCGACGAGCUGGUUGCGGGAGUGACCGCAGCAGCCGGAAUAACCAACAGCACCACUAACCAAAUAUCAAUGCCAGCAGCAGCAGCAGUGUCGCCGGAAGCGGAAGCAGAAGUGGAAGCGGAGGCAACAGCAGCAGCAACAACAUCAGAGGCAGAAACAUUCGAUGCCUACGACGGAACGUUGGACAUCGAGAGCAGGCAAUUUUAGGCGCGUGGCAACCUGGCACAGAUCUAAACGCAAUUCUAGCAAUACCUUCCCCAUACUCUAAAACAAAGAAAACCCCAAGGCCAUACCAAAACCGUAAGAGAAAACCGGAAAUUAGGGAGUAAUCCAUGCUGAAGGGUAUCCCCGAUCCGCAACCGGAAGCGGAACCGAAAGCACGCAUAUAGGAACGAAGCAAGUCCGAGUCGAAAGAAAGGAAGACAUAUUUAUUGCUAGGCUAAGUUCAUAUUAAAGCAUACACCUAUAGGCAUAUAUGUAACGUGGAGAUAAUCCCAGUGUGUAUCUCGAGGAGCGCGUGCCUGACACAAUCGGAAUCGACAGGCAAAACACUAACAUACAUGCAUAUGUAGUAUAUCUCUGUAUCUGUUUCUUGUAUCUGCCCAAGUAUAUGGUGUAGUUAGGGGUCAGCCAUCGAAAGCAUAGCUUAAUCCAGACAUUUUUCAUUUUCUUUGCUUCUUUACACAAUCACGAACGCAUCUCUUGGUAAUUGCCACAUCCACCACGUCCAGGUCCUUCCGUCUGAUUCUCCACGUUUGUCCGUCUUCACGUCCAGGUCGCUGCCUUAGUUCUCUGCUCUACACCGCCGACUAAGGUGAUCUCUGCCCGACGUUGCAUAUCCAAAGUAUCCUAGUUCUGGGAGAUUAGGGAAAGAGUAUUAGAAAGAGAGGGAGACAGAGAGAGUGAGCGAUAGAGGCCGAAGUAGAAAGAGAGAGAAGACAGCGAUUGAGAGGGAUUUGCGAGUGGAGAAAGAGAUAGACAGAGUUUCCAAAAUGUGCCGGGCACCGCUCCCAAAAGUCGCUAGAACUUAAAAACUGAAUAAUAUACAUUGAUAUAUACAAGAAUAUAAAUAUAUAUAUAUAUUUAUGA